AUGGGCCGAGCACUUCAGAGGCGUCCUCAACCGCCCCUACACAAUCUCCGACGCCACCAUCGGCUGUCUGCCCUAAGUGGAAACCAACGCCGAUCUCGACUUUGCGACCUCUCUCCACGAAAUCAUCAGGGUCGUGCAACAGCUCUCCAGCGGGAAAGCGCCCGGAUCGGACGCGAUCCCUGCCGAGGUCUACAAGCACGGUGGCCCCCAAAUUAUGGAAAACCUGACGGCGUUCUUCCAGGAGAUGUGGCCUCAAAGAGAAGUCCCGCAACUUCCGUCUAUGAAUCUCUCUUCGCCGACGACUACGCCCUUAACGCCACCUCUGGAGGGGACGUGCAAAGGAGCAUGGGCUCUUCGUUGCCACCCUCGACAACUUCGACCUGGUCAUCAACACGGAGAAGACGGUCGUCACGCAUCAUCCGCUACCUGACGCUGCUCACGUCGCGUCCCAAAUCAACAUGA